AAAAGGAAAAGCAAUAUUACUGGUUUAUCAAAUGGCCUGACUAAAGCCAUUAGAACAAGCAUUGCACACCAUCUGUUUUUUCCUAUAGUUCAAAAUGUUCAUUUGUUCCAAGGUGUUUCCCGAACCUCCUUUUCCAACUGGUUCCUGAAAUGGAAGCUGAAUACUUCCCUCCGAAGCAAGACGUAAUUUUGCAGAAUGAGGCACCAACUGAUCUGUAUAUAAUAGUUUCAGGAGCAGUGGAAUUUAUAGCACAGAUUGAAGGGCUAGAGCAAACAAUUGGAAAAGCCGUUGCAGGAGAAAUAUUUGGAGAAAUAGGUGUUUUAUGUGGGAGACCGCAGCCAUUUGCUGUUCGAACAACCGAGAUUUUUCAGAUUCUAAGGCUAAACAGGACAUCAUUGAUGAACAUUCUUCGAGCAAAUCCAGAAGAUGAACGAUUAUUAUGA